UGCAUUGUUGUCUCUGUGCGCUCUUGAUCUUGUGCAUUUCGUUCUUGAUCUUUUGCAGUGUUAUCUCUGUGCGUUCUUGCAUUGUGAUUUUGGGUGUUUUUGAAGAAGCCCAACUGAGAAGAAUGGCCACCCCGAAAUACAGAGGAAUGGAGCGAAGGCCUUGCUCCAAAAUCAUGAUUCAGCUAUUAGUGGUGGCGUUCUCUGUGUUUGUUGGUUGUAUAUCUAAAUGGCAAUAUAUGUCAAUUAAUAAUUCACAAGAAUUGGACCUGCCAAUCAAUGAAUUGGGCUUUGCAUGCAAUUGUAGCAAGUUGUAUGCUGGUUUUAAUUUGCAAGCUCUCAAUGAUAAAUUCGGCCUGCCAAUUGGUGAAAAAUCAGAAGAAUUGGACCUGCCAAUCAAUGCAUAUGCAGAGGAACUGGGCUUUGCAUGCAAUUAUAGCAACUUGUAUGCUGGUCUAAAUUUGCAAGAAUAUGCAGAUGGAAUGGGCCUGUCAAUUGGUGAAAAAUCAGAAGAAUUGGACCUGCCAAUCAAUGCAUAUGCAGAGGAACUGGGCUUUGCAUACACUCCUAGCAACUUGUAUGCUGGUCUAAAUUUGCAAGAAUAUGCAGAUGGAAUGGGCCUGUCAAUUGGUGAAAAUUCAGAAGAAUUGGACCUGCCAAUCAAUGCAUAUGCAGAGGAACUGGGCUUUGCAUACAAUCCUAGCAACUUGUAUGCUGGUCUAAAUUUUCAAGAAUAUGCAGAUGGAAUGGGCCUGUCAAUUGGUGAAAAUUCAGAAGAAUUGGACCUGCCAAUCAAUGCAUAUGCAGAUGAAUUGGGCUUUGCAUGCAAUUAUAGCAACCUGUAUGCUGUUCUAAAUUUCCAAGAAUAUGCAGAUGGAAUCGGGCUGUCAAUUGGCGAAAAUUCAGAGGAAUUGGACCUGCCAAUGAAUGCAUAUGCAGAUAAAUUGGGUUUUACAUGCAAUUCUAGCAACUUGUAUGCUGGUCUUAAUUUGCCGCAAUCUCUCAGUGAAUAUGCAGAUGGAUUUGGCCUGCCAAUUGGUGGCAAUUCAAAAGAAAUGGACCUGCCAAUCAAUGCAUAUGCAGAUGAAUUGGGUCUGUUAAUUAGCAGACAUUCAGAGGAAUCUCGCCUUCCAAUCAAUGAAAAUACAGAGGAAGUCAGCAUUUUAAUUGGUCUGUCUGUCACGUCAGAGGAAAAAAAGACCAAGGAAUGGGUGUUGGAUGUUUUUCUUGGACGAGAUUCCAAACAUUUGGGAGCAGUGUGUCCUCUGGCUCUGGUUUGUGCAGUUACGGGUGCAUUUUUUUGUACAGCUGUAGUAGUGAUUAAUUGGUCCAAGAAAAGGGCAACAUACCCUAGUACUAAGUCUUCCCUAGAAUUUCGUAAAGAAAUUCAGACAAAGACAAACGAGCAUACACAACAACGUCCUUUUCAGAAGGAUGUAGAUAAAAAGCAGCUAAAAGAAAUACCUAUCCGAAGAUCAGAUAGAAUUUCAAACCGAAAAAAAUCCGAUUGCGCUCUCUAUAAACAAGAUGUAGAGAGAAAGCAGCUAAAUGCAAUCCCUUUGAGGAGAUCAGAGCGGAUCAGGAAUUUAACAAAAUCUGAUUGUGCUCGUACUCAUAGACAGCAUGCAUAGACUGUUUAUCAGAAUGCAUCAAAGGGAUGUUAUUUUAUUUCAAUCACACAGAUAUAACAUUUGUAGAUUAUGUAAGAGUGGGUUUGUUGAAUAGGCUUAAACCUUUCGUCGCCUCUUUGCUACUUUCCUUGAAUCCGAAGACCCCUUGGUCCUUUAAUUUUAUUGCCAUGUUUUCCUUGACUGCUAAGGCCUCUCGGUUGUGGUUUUUCUGUCAGUCUUUGUCCAUUGGGCUAUUUAUUUAUACCCUUGAUGGUCAUCCUUGCUCUUCUUCAGAAUCUUUCAGUGUUACAGCAAUCAUUGUCUUCAUGGUUUCCGUGGUACAAUUCUUGACUCUAGAUAAGACAGAUUGUAUGCUCAACAGGGGUUUUGGGCCACAAAUUUGUAAAAUUGUUUAAGAAAUAGAUAUGCCUUCUCUAGGUUGAAGGCAGAUACAAUGAAUUAUUUGGUAGGGGAUUUUCUUUCGAAUUACAUAUUUUAAGUUGUUGGAAGGGUUGGUUCCAGUAAAGAUCUGAUUGUGCAGAGAUUAGAGUUUGUAGCAUUUAAUGAUAAGUGAAGCUGUCUAAUGGAUCUUCUUUAUGCUUCAAAGUAUGUUAUGAACUUGGAAAAUGCACAAAAUGGAGGAAUUAAACUGAACUUCUUUAUGAGCAGGGAAUUUGAAAGAAAGAAGCUUUAAACUCCAGAAUUUUUACAGCUUGUGGACAGGAAGGUAAUGCUUGAGUUUGUCAUAAGUUCCAAGCAGCAAACUGGCUGUUCAAAGUUAAUCAUGUAUAAAUGUUCCUUGAAAGCUUUGACCAUUGAAAGCUGGGGUGGUUUCUCCUAGGAUUAGUGUAAUCCCUGAACUACCUUGAUAUCUAGCUUCCAGUGAUCUUUGUUGAAGAAUAUUUUCAUGGCCAAGGUUUUUACUGGAUCCAAUUAAUAGAUGAUAUAUUUUAA